AUGGAAAACCAAUCAGAAGGAGACGACAUGUACCGGCGGAUAUUGGCGAUGCUUGCAAGUCUAGGACUAGCUGAGAGUGAUUUGCCCCCUGAGUAUAUGCUAGUCAGAUCAGACAAUGGUUCGAACCCAUAUUUUCCCGAAGGACAAGAGUAUACGCUCUACGACCUCAUGUGCGUGUAUGAGUUUCUAAAACAACGCAGAAUUAUGACCGCCUCUGAUCUGGACAGUGGCCAUGGCAAUGCAUCGGCCAGCUCCGUUCCUUCUAAUCAGCUAGUGGCCCAGGGCCAGACACAGUCGAAUGAUACUGAGCUCCCGACUAGCUCAGCACUGGGUGAUGACCAAAUGGAUGUUGAUAUGCCUUGUGCAUUAGUUGAUAUUAGUGAAGCUCUCAGUGCAUGUGUAGCGCAAGGCACAACUAAGGGGGAAAGCGGGAGGACACAGAAAAGGCUAUGA